AUGCGAGGCUUGCACAGCCGCUCGAUCCUGACCAGCAAACGCGACACGCCCACUAGACUUACCACACUUGAUAGGUUUGGCUGUGUGCGAUCACCCUCUGCAAGCAUUGUGUUUACGAUGAGCGACAAUCCAACAAGCCCGAUAAGCUCUCCACCAACACCUAGGACGGCAAAUCCGGCAGCAAAAGUCGUGGUGCGGUUUAGAGCAACAGGAAACGCUCCCAUUCUCAAACAAAACUUUUACAAAAUAACUGCAUCGCAAAAGUUCCAGACUGUUAUGAACUUUCUGAGGAAGGAGCUGAACUAUAAGGCGCAGGACCCGCUGUUCCUCUACGUCAACAGCGCAUUCGCACCGGCUCCAGAUGAAAUUGUUGGAAACUUGUACAAGUGUUUCGGUACAGAAGGCAAUUUGAUAAUAAACUACUCCACAACGGCCGCGUGGGGAUAAGAGCAAACUUGGUCAUAUUUGCAACCACCGCCUGUGCUAGUUCGCAGGGGCGUCUGUCUGGCGCAAUGCCUUGAUUCCUCGCAUGAAGGACGUCAAGAAGAUGUGAACAAUGUGGUUCAACAGUGUCCAACCGAGAUACUUGCGCCUUUGUAGCAUCCGCUAUACUCCCUGUAACAGCUAUCGGAUGGAUCCUGCACUAUAUUGACGCAAGCACAGGAUUGUAGUUUAUUGUAUCAGAUAGGCGUGCCAAUUUACGGGGCUGGUAUUCAUUUGACCCAGAAGGUCAAACCCCAGCACUAGUGCGAGGAGGACCAACAGGGAUGCAUUGGCGAUUAAUGAAGAGCGCGACGAGGGCCCCCUUCUAUGGGAUCCUUUAGAAUUAAAAUUCGGCGUACUGUCUAAGAUUUUACAUUUGAGAAUGUGGUGAUUGAAACUUGUGUACGGAGCGAAAUUGCCAUAGAAAAAGAGACAAGU